GGGCAUGUACUAUAUAUACACCUUUCUUUCGAUAUUGGUCUCCACCAAGCCAUAAUUUACCUAUAUAUAAUAUAUACUUAUAAUUGCUUGCUUUUUUACAAUUACAAACAAAUUUAUCUCAGCAUCUUGGGCAGACGUGAUGACUUCAAAUGAAACUGACACUGAGGAUGUGUUUCUCUGCUAUCCACUCCUGCUGGAUUCCUGUCCUAAAGUACAACGUCUUGCUGUAAUUAAAGUAGCAAUGUAUGCUUUCUUGAUGCUGAUGAUCCUCACAACAGUUUUUGGGAAUCUGCUGAUCAUCAUCUCCAUCUCUCACUUCAAACAUCUACAGUCUCCAACUCACAUGAUCGUUCAGUCUCUGGCAGCUUGUGAUUGUCUGCUGGGCUCUUUGGUCAUGCCAUACAGCAUGGUGCGAUCUGUUGAAGGCUGCUGGUAUCUGGGAGAUUUUGUGUGUAAAGUGCAUUCUAGUUUAGACAUGACCUUCUGUAUCGCUUCCAUACUGCAUCUCAGUUUAAUAUCUGUUGACAGGUACUGGGCCAUUUGUGAUCCUUUAAGGUACAAAAUGCGGGUCACAAACAACACUGUGACUGUAUUUACUACCUUCACAUGGCUGUUUUCAUUUGUGUACAGCUUUUAUGUUGUGUUUUCAGGGGUGAACACUAUUGGCCUGGAGUCAUUUAUCAUGCAGUUUUACUGUGUGGGAAAUUGUAUUCUGUUUUUUAACAAACAGUGGGGUCUUAUAUGUCCAGUUCUUAUAUUUUUCCUUCCUGGGUCAAUCAUGGCCUCUCUGUAUAUAAAAAUCUUCCAUGUUGCACGAAAACAUGCAAAAGUUAUGUCAGAAAGAGUGACUGUGGCUACAGCAGGAGGGUUAAAGAGCCAACGCUCUGCACACAGAGAGAGAAAAGCAGCGAAAACUCUGGCCAUUGUUAUUGGUGUUUUUCUGUUUUGCUGGCUGCCUUUUUUCAUUGUUAAUGCUCUUGACCCUUUUUUCAAUUUUUUUACUCCAGCUGAUAUUUUUGAUGCUGUAAUUUGGUUUGCAUAUUUUAACUCCACUUGUAACCCCUUGAUUUAUGGAUUUUUCUACCCUUGUUUUCAGAAUGCAUUUAAGAUUCUUAUAUCCACUUAUAUCUGUGGCAUCAAGGAUUCAAACAUCUUGAUUUAUGAAUGAAUAUACAGCACACUCAUUACAGGCAAUAAAUUGUGUAAUUAUUUUUAAUUAUGUUAUGCUGAAGCCAUUUUGUAAAUUUACUCUGUUUCUUAUGUACUUUCUGCUUUUGGAAGCAGUGAUUUUAAUAUUUUAAGUAAUCAGGUGGGAAAAAAAAUGGGCUGGGACAUGACACAUGCAGGGUUAAAAUCAAUGCUCAAAAAAUGAUUAAAAUAGACAUUUUCAAAUAAAUUGCAGAAAUUUGUUUGCAGGCCUACAAUGUUCAGAUGUAUAUAUAUAUUUCAGAGUAGAUCAACCUAAAUAGCCUGCAUUUUUGUGAAAUUAACAUUUUAAAUUGAUUUUUUAAUAUAUUAAACUGACAUUUUAAUGGAUUUACAUUAAAAUGGCCUCCAUUUAAAAAACAUUCACAUUUUGGCAAUUUGUUUGAUUUAAAUUUCCUGAUUUGUAUCCUCAACUGAACAAGUGAAGCUGGCCUCACUUACAUGAUCUGUUCAAAAACUUAAAAGAGAAAAAAGACAUGACAUGGGAAAACACUUAAAAUUUGAAAGUUCAUAGUCUGUGUAGUUACAAAGUGGCUUUGAAUAGAGUUUUUGACAGUUACAAAUAUUUUUAGAACUAUACUAUUCUAAAUAUACUAUUCUAAAUAAUUUGUAAAGAAGCUUUAAUUAACCAUUUUAGAGUGCAUAAUGUAUGAGAAUAGGCUAGCCCAUAUCUUUUAUUGACUACUGAUAGAGAAUUCUGUGUCAUCAGGUAUAUCAGUGAGAAUGUGACUCGCGAUAACACUCAUUGAAAGAAUAUGUGGUUUUGUUUGGUUGGCAAAUGUGGGCACCCACCAGCAGAAACAUGAAUCGCCGCCUGUGGGUGCAAUCAAGACCAGUCCUCCAAGAUCAUGGCUGCAUUCAAAAUCGCAUACUCUCUUGAGUACUUAUUAUGAAUAAGUAAUUACUUUGCAGCCACUAGAAAAGUACUUAUUUCAUAUGAAUGUGUGUAGUAUGAAUAUAAUCCGGACCUACUAGCGUCAGUUGUGUCUCUUCACUGCCAUUCACAAAUCCUUUCCAGUGGCCUUACGGGAUAGUAAAAUGUACAUCAUGUGCACAUUUCAGAAUCUCACUGAAAAUAGUAGGUCAUCCAGGUACUUUUUGAAUACUCUUUUAUGAGUACUGUGAAUUCAGUCAUACUUAUUUUGUCACAUACUGUUUUUUGCCUACUGUAUUUUAGGGAGGUAUGCGAUUUCAGAUGCAGCCCAAGGCCCAGACCCAAACCAAGACCAUGCAAGAGCCACAUAGUAAAAUCUUCAGUGUUAAAAGUACUGCUCAGAUAUGUGCUCAGAGUGCUAAAGUAACACCUAACCUGCGUCUCAAUGUGCAUACUAUCCAUCCUAAAUAGUAUGUGACAUCAGUAAUAUUCUAUACUAUUUAGGGUGGAUAGUAUGCAAAUUGGAAUGCAGGGUGAAUCAAUGCUGGAGUUAUGAGAUAAUUAAGCAAUUAAUCGAGUGAUGACUGAAUGUUAGUGAUGAACACCUGCUGUUAACAAGCAGAAUCAGAGAAGAAAAGAGGAAAAACAAACACAGAAAAAAGAGAAGAGAUGAUGAGCAGAAACACAACUACGACUGACAGCCACAGCCUUAAGGCCAAAUUAUACUUCACUUUUUACGCGUACGCGCAGGUCACACAUGGCAUUUAAUUUAUUUUUGCAGUAAUUACUUAUCCACAAUGUGGCAACCGUGCCCUGGGAUCAUCAAUUCACAAGGUAGUCAAAGAAAAUCUGCAUAAUCAGAACAGACAGGAAUGCAUGCAAGCUACAGAAACACAGGAGGUCUACACAGAUGAGAGACUUUGCGAAGAGGUUAAAAAUUACCCUCAUUUGUACAACUCUAUCAUGCAAAAGAUGUUUAUAUGGGUUGUAACACAUAGAGGUAUUGCAAUUUGUCACAAUGUGCAUGCGUUGAACGCCUGUCUAUGCGUAUGAGUCAAGUGAAAUAUACUUUGCAAUGCUGUGUGUUUGACCGUGCGCGUACAUUAGCGUAUGUGUAAAAAAAAUGAGGUAUCCUUUCUGCUUUACAUAAAAUCAAUUGCAAAUAAAAUAACA